CUUCGGUUACUUUAGAGCGCAUACAUCGGUGGUCGCGGAGUGAGAAAAAAAUAUUUAAUAUUGCAUUUAUAAGUGAUUGUGCUUGCAGUUCUGUUAUGAAAUCGUAACUAUCAACGACAACAAGUAAUGCAAGAAAGCAUAUUGUAGUCCGUUGAUCCAGCUAAAUACAACAAAAGCUAAUUAUCAACAGUCUACGUUUUAUCACUAUCUACGUUUAAUUGAUAUCGUACAAACAUAUCGUGCAAACAAAUAAUAGAGUCCAUUACUGUAUCUAAACAGACGUGUAUUGUGUUGAAGUUUGCCUUAAUAUUUGUGACAAAGAAAUGGGAAUAACUUUAAGUUGAAGGAACAUAUCAAACAUAAAAAUGGCAGAUAAGAAACAAAGAGAAGAUAAAGUAAAAGAAAAGAAAGAAGAGAAACCUUUAAACGAUGAUGUCGAUAAGAAAAUCAAGAAGAAGACCUUCAUAGAAAGAUUACGGCACAUCAAAAACAAUAUUACAGUUGAACCUUUAUUAGCAGGUUUGAUCAUACCAAGUGUUAUAUCAAGAUUUGCAAUGUCGAAUUUUAAUUUGGACAAAGCGUGCAGAGUUAACUUAGACUUUGGAGAUGAAAUUUGCACCGCACUCGUAAAAAGAACAUCUAAUAACUAUUCAGUCUGGGAAAAAGAAGUACAAAAGUUAAUUUCAUCAAUUGAUAUUUGGAAAAGUGUUAUUCAUACGUCUCUGCCAUGUAUUUUAAUAAUGUUUUUGGGGGCUUGGAGUGACAGAACAGGCAAGAGAAAAAUUUGUAUCCUAUUGCCGAUUUUUGGAGAAUUUGUUACAUCAAUUAACAACUUGAUUAAUGUAUAUUUCUUCUAUGAAAUACCAGUGCAAGUGACAGUAUUUUUAGAGACUUUAUUUCCGUCAAUAACUGGAGGUUGGGUGACUAUGUUUUUGGGGGUUUUCAGCUAUAUAAGUGAUAUCACUUCUGAAGAAUCACGGACAUUCAGAGUUGGUCUGGUAAACUUUUGCCUCACAGCUGGAUUACCCGUUGGCAUUGGAUUGAGUGGAAUUCUCUUACAGAGACUUGGAUAUUAUGGAAUAUUUUCAGUAACUGCUGUUCUAUUUUUCCUUGUUCUUACUUAUGGUUGCUUCUUCUUGAAAGAACCCAAUGACUGGCUACGAGACAACGGUCGCCCAGUGAUAGAACGUGCAGAAACACCAAAUGUGUCAUUCUUUAAUAUAUCACACGUAGUUGACACAGUCGAUGUCGCGACUCGUCGCCGACCGUCCAACAGACGUGUUAAAGUUAUUCUGACUUUGUUCAGUGUCUUCAUUUUAUAUGGACCAUCGAUGUCGGAGCACACAAUAUUUUAUCUUUUUGUUCGAAAUCGCCUCAACUGGGACAUGGUCAAAUAUGGACUCUACGCAAGUUACUCCAUUAUGUUGCAUUCGUUUGGUGCUAUGUUUUCAAUUACAAUCCUAAGCAAACGGCUGCAAAUCGACGACUCAUUUCUCUGCUUACUCUCGAUUACCAGCAAGUUCUUCGGCUCUAUUUGGACUGCAUUCGUACAGACAGAUAUUGAAAUGUAUUUAAUUCCUGUCGUAGAAAUAGUGAAUGCCACAACAUUUACAUCGCUGCGAUCAAUCAUAUCGAAGUUGGUUGAAAAACAAGAAACUGCUAAAGUGAAUUCAUUGUUUUCUCUAACUGAGACGCUCGGUUCGCUCGUGUUCCAUCCGUUCUACUCGUGGGUGUACAUGCGGACGCUGCACGCGCUGCCAGGGGCGGUGUUCCUCAUUAGUGCAGCCUUCAUUGUUCCCGCCGCUUUCAUUCUUACAUAUUUUUACUCGCAACAUAGAAAAGAAUUGAGAAAUGCCAGAAAAACAGCGUUAGAAAACGAAGAGAAAAAAGAUGUUCAAAAACCCCAAAUAAGCAAUAAUUUACCAGAAACAAUUGGAAGAAUGGAGACUGAAUUUGAAAAGUCAAAAUUGUAAACAUUUUAUAAUUAUUGUAACUAUAUUAUAAAAUGUCCGUAGCAUUAACAAAAGCUUACUUACUCUUGUAGUAAGAAAUUCCUUAAUGUAGAUUUAAUAGAAAAUGCAUCUACAAAUUAGGACGCCCUUUGUGACUAUCAAAUGAUUAUUUGCGUCCUUUAAAUUAACUAGUGUAUCAUAAUAUGUAAAAAGGGGAUAAGAAACCUUUUAUGUUAUUAACUAUACUUAAACAAAACUACCC